GAUACUGAUGGCGCCCGACUAGAAUGGAGAAGCAAUUAUCGCGUACAACUUCUUAUACAGUUUGGCGUGUCUACUAAGUCAUAAACAAAUUUAACUCGCAAUACACAAUGGAAGGGGAGAUAGAGGUGGAGAGCAGCAGUGAUGUGGGUCCAUCAGGGUCCGGGAUGGAGGAGCCGUCAGAGAGCGGUAUGGGCAUGGAGUCGUCGGAGGCCAUGUCUGCAGACAGCAGCGACGCAGCUGCACCACACGCCUCCCGCCACCACAGCCAGCACCGCCAUGGGCAUGGGCACGGUCACCAUGGGCACGGUCACCAUGGCCAGGCCCCAGAGUCGGACUGCCACGUGGGACAGAGCUCAGAGGGUAUCCUGGCGUUCCUACCAGAGACCAGCUCCAGUACAGACGUCACCCACCACAGAGCCACCGUCCACCUCCCAGACUCCUCCUCUGUGGCCCAGUCCACCAGCGUCUCCACCGUAACCCAGUCCAUCCUGGUGUCCGGGUCGGCCCAGUGCAGCGGUGUCAGACUGCGGGGCAUGAUGGUGUCUGACUCUACAGCCUCUACCUCCUCAGCUGGAUCAGCCAUAGACAAGAUCAUAGAGUCCACCAUCGGACCUGACAUCAUGAACGGAUGUAUAGCAGUGACCAGUGCAGAGGACGGAGCUGCAGAGACCAGUGAGGGGCAGUAUUUGAUACUACAAGGACCAGACGAUGGGGCCCCUAUGGUAGCCCACAUGUCGUCCUCGGCUCUGUCCAGCCAUCACCGCAUCGCCAUCGAGGCUCUGGGAGAGGGUCCUACCUCCACCUGCCACGACCAGGGGGACAUGCAGGAUAACCUGGAUCCAGACCAGCCCUCUGGGAGUCACUCUCACUCCGGCCACUACCCAGACCAUGAGGACCAGGACAGCCAGCCUCAGCACUCCCACGCGUCCCAGUACAUGGAGUGUAGCGGUGGAGAUGCGGACGGACCUGAUCAGACUGGAGAGUCCUCCUCCUCGUAUGUAGACGAUGAGGAACCCGACCAGACACGUUCCUCCCGCUCCCUCGUCCGGUCCCGUUUCCCUGAGUACGGUAUAGUCGAAAACUCUGGCCAGGACCUAAGGGGCUACGUGGAGUGUAGUGGUAGCGGUGCCCCCGACUCCAACCCCUCGUCCCCUGCCCGCCUACGACACACCCAUUAUAUGGUGGACUGCAGCGCGGGGACGGGGGCGUACCUGGAGUGUGCCGGGGACGAGGAAGAGGAUUCGAUGCAGCACCACUCUCGGAGCUACAUCGACAGCAGCAGCAGUGCUAACCACUCCCAGAGUCACCAAACUCUGUCUAACCACUCCCAGAGUCACCAAACCCUGCGGCAGUAUGUGGAGUCCGGGGCUGCGGUUGCAGAUUCAGAGCAGCCCGGUUGUUCCAACUCCCACUCUCAGAGUCACCAAACCCUGCGGCAGUAUAUGGAGUCUGGGGCUGCAGAUUCGGAACAGCCACGAUGUUACCAAUACCAGGCUGAGGAAGGGCAAGGAGAGGACCCAGACCAGAACUCAGACCAGAACCAGGACCCAGACCAACCACAGCACUCUAACCAGCAGCAGCCUCAGCACUCCCACUACAUGGAGACCACCAGCAGCAGCACUGGCCCAGAAGGCGAGGGUUCCACCACAGACCACCACCACCCCCAGGCAAACACCGCAGACCACCACCACCCCCAGGCAGACACAGCAGACUCAGGCUCAGCAGAUCAUCCAGAGGCUAUGGAGUGUUCUGAGAGCCAGCCUGGCCCUUACAUCAGUAGCAGUGGGACCUACUCCUACCACCCGGAGCCUGAGAUGGAAGAGGCCCUCGAACCUCCAUGGUCACCCAGUUUGGAGAGGCCUUCCAGGGGAGAGGAGGGCGGCGUGGUGGGGGGGUCUGGGGCUCCAGUCGUGGAGGAGGGGGCUGGGAGCGGACCAGGGGUCGCUGUCCCCCACACCAUGGCUGAACUGGAGGAGAUGAUGGAGGUGGUGAUCGUUCAGCAGUUUAAGUGCAAGAUGUGUCCCUACAAGAGCGUCUCCAAAGACACCCUCAUCAACCACAUGAGAGACAGGCACUUCAAAUCCACAGGUGGCCCCCCUCCUAAGAAGCGUGGUCGUGGUCGGCCCAGGCGUAGUGAUACGUUGGCCCGUCAGCAGGCUGAGGUGAAACCAGAGCCCCAGCCCGAGGAGCCAGAGGACGAUGACAUCGUAGACGCUGGGGCCAUCGAUGACCCUGAAGAGGACAGUGACUAUAACCCAGCAGAUGAGGACUGUAGGGGCAGGCAGCCUGCUCUCCUGCGACAACCUGUCCCCCCUCCCUGCUCCUCCUCCUCCUCCACAGACCGCCCCAGACGCAGGGUGGGACGACCCAGGAAGUUCACCUACACAGAGGGCAGCUACAACGGCAAGGAAGCAGUAGCAGACGGGACGUCAAAGCCUAAAGGGAGUGUGGAUCCUCAAGGCUCGGAGGAGGCCAGUUCCUCAGGCCUGGGAAACGGCCCAGGUCCCUUGUCCAAUGGAAACACAGCGGAAGCCGGCAUCAGCCAAUCGGACUCUGAGAACAAAGACCCGUCGUCCAAUGGGAGGCCAGAGGAGCUUUUCCCAAGGAAACGGGGUCGACCCUCCAAGCGGUUCAUCAGAAAGAAAUACAAGAAGUACAUGAACCGCAAGUACUGUAAGUCUCUGAAGCCGCUCCUGAGGCCUCACAGCUGUUGGAUCUGCGGCUCUCGCUUCCUGUCCCAGGAGGACCUGAGGUUCCACGUUGACUCUCACCAAGGAAACGACCCAGAGUGCUUCAAAUGCCUGCAGUGUAACUACCGCUGCAAACGAUGGUCCUCGCUCAAGGAGCACAUGUUAACAUCAGGGGAACAAGCCUUUAAGUGUGAGGAGUGUGACUACAGCAGUGUGUAUAAGAAGGACGUCAUCAGACACUCUGCAAUACACAACAGGACAAGUAUGUACACACACACACACACACACAGGAUGUCAUCAUACUGCAAACACAACAAGACAAGACUCNGGUAUCUAAGGUGUUGUCGUUCCCGUGUCCAGUGUGGUCUGUCUGACUCUCAGCAGGUAUCUAAGGUGUUGUCGUUCCCGUGUCCAGUGUGCCACAGAGUCUACCCCAUGCAGAAGAGACUCACUCAGCACAUGAAGACACACAGUACAGAGAAACCACACAUGUGUGACAAGUGUGGGAAGUCCUUCAAGAAGAGAUAUACGUUCAAGAUGCAUCUCCUCACACACAUCCAGAGUGUUGACAACAGCAGGUUCAAGUGUGAGUUCUGUGACUAUGACUGUGACAACAAGAAGCUCCUGCUCAACCACCAGCUGUCCCACACCAACGACCGGCCCUUUAAAUGUGACUACUGUAAAUACUCCACCUCUAAAGAGGACUUCCUGGUCUCACACCUGGCCAUCAAACACACAGGAGAGAAACCGUUCUCCUGUGAGAUGUGCCACUUCAUGACGAAACACCGUAAGAACCUGCGUCUGCACGUCCAGUGUCGCCACCCGGAGGCGUUUGAGGACUGGAGCGCUACGCACCCUGAGGAGCCCGUCAGGCGGAGGAGGAGACCCUUCUUCACCCAGCAACAGAUAGAGGAACUCAAACAGCAACACGACGACACACCGGGCCUACAGAACACUAUACCUUUCUGUCUGUCACCUCAGGUACAGGUGUUGAAGUCGUCUGACUCCAAUGUUCUAGAAGCAGGCUCCUGGACGGGUGUUACCUCGGCGACGGGGGGAGGGCAAAAAGUAGUGACCUUUCACGUGUCUGAGACCGGCGAGACCCUGGUGCAGGAGGUCCAGGAAGUGCAGGAGGGUUAUGAGGCAGAGACCAAUGAGAAUGGAGAGAUCACCCAGGUGGCCAUCCAGGCCUAUGAGGGGGCAGAAGGCUUCAGUGUGUUGGAACAGGUGGAACAAGCUACAGAGGAGAUCCACAGCACCGGACCUGGAUACAGCAGUGGCGAGGGGAGUCCCCAGCCCAUGGAAGAAGAGGAGGAGGGAACAGAAAUAGUCAGAGAGAAUGGAGAAAAGUACUACCUGUCCUCCGGGCUAGGGGACGGGGUGCUGCAGCAGGUCGAGCUGAGCAGCGAGGCCCCGGGUUCUCCCUCCAUGGUGGGUUCUCCCCAGCAGAACCAGCUCAACCCUAAGAGGUUCUCCUGUCGUAUCUGCAUGGAGUCGUUCCACGGCCGCAGUGAUAUGGAGAACCACAAGAGGGCCCACAUCGACCCCUCCACCUUCAAGUGUCCCGACUGUGACUUCACUGCCUCGUCCUGGCCAGACGUCAAGGUUUAACCGUAAUGGCCACCUCAAGUUCCARAUGGAGCGACUCCACAGCCAGGAACCUCCGACAAAGAAGAGCCGCUCUGGUGCAGGCUCCCAGCAGACCGUCAUAGUUAACAGUGAUGAGGAGGCUCUCGCCACYCUACAGUCAGCUCUGCAGGCAGGACAGACUAUCAGUCCAGAGCAGCUACAACAGGCCUUGGGUCAGGACCACAUCAUAGUGUCCCAGGAACAAGGCCUGGGUCAGGACCACAUCAUAGUGUCCCAGGAACAAGGCCUGGGUCAUGGGGUUCCUCCUUCGCUCUCUUCAUUAUUUCAGGGUUUGUUCACUCUCCUUCGCCCUCCCAGGUCUAAUUCUCCUCCUUCGCCCUCCCAGGUCCAGUAUAUCAUCUCUCAGGAUGGAGUCCAACACUUCCUACCUCAGGAGUACGUGGUGCUAGCAGACGGGAACCACAUCCAGAUGUCAGAUGGCCAGAUCAUCCAGUAUGAGCAUGAUGGGGCCUUCCUGCAGGAGCAACAGAUUGCUCUGAGUCAUGACGGGCAGAUCCAGUAUCUUCCCAUCAGUUCAGAACAACAGAUAGUCAGUCCUGAGGACCUGGAGGUUGUUGAACAUUCUGCCGUUACUGCGGUCGCAGAUGCAGCCUUACAACAGACCCAGACGGUUUAUACAGAGGCCACACAAGAACAGCUGGAGCAGCUACAACAGCAGGGAAUCCAGUAUGACGUCAUCACCUUCACCGAUGAGUAGAGACCCUCUGUCGGACGGACGGAAGUCGGGAGGGAUGGCUCGCUGUGAUUGCGGACUUGUCUCCUAGUAUGAUGUCUACUAUUGGCUGCCUGAUGACCGUAUGUAGUGCAGGACCAGUACGGUGGAACCACGAUGACCAGUGACCUCCAGCGUGGUUCGACAGGAUCGGCCUGAGCGAGACUGCAGAGAAUCUACAAAUCAUCGUGUAAAAUCAUCCCAAACAGCUACUCGUUAUGCGAUCAAGAUUGAUCAAAUCUGGGCAGGGUCUUGCCUAGGUCCAUCCCCUAGAACACACUGGUCUACUCUCUCUGCCGUGCUUCAGAUACCCAGGACACACUGCUCUACUCUAGGAGCUCUGCCGUGCUUCAGAUACCCAGGACACACUGCUCUACUCUAGGAGCUCUGCCGUGCUUCAGAUACKCAGAACACACUGCUCUACUCUAGGAGCUCUGCCGUGCUUCAGAUACCUGGGAUGAUAGAAACAGCACUAGAGAGGAUUUUAGUGGCUGGUAGAUCUAUCACUCAUAGUGGGAGUGUUGAAUAGAUGAACUCUCACUGUUAUGUAGAUCUAUAAACAGAAGCUUUUGUAAAUUCUAAAUAUUCUACCCGUCGCUUCUAAGUUAAUCAAUAGGGGCUGAUGUACAUUAAAGAACAAAGUUACACACGGUUGGAUGAUCUAGUCUGUGUCUGAAAUGCCACCCUAUUCCCUACAUAGUACACUACUUUUGACCAGGGCCCUUCAAAAGUAGUGCACUAAAUAGGGAAUAGUUUGCCAUUUUGGUACGUAGGCGUACUCUGUAAUUAUUUAAGAUCUGCGGUUUCCUCAACACCUGCUUUGACUUGCAAGACAAUGUCACGAAAGAAGAAAUUAAAAUGGCUGAUAUGUUUUAGAAUAAAGCACAGCUUCCAAUGGGAUGUUUAGUUUUGAAUGGGAAAGGACUGUGUGAAGACUGCCUCUGGAGGAUCGGAGGACUGUCAGACUACAGGGUUGAUUGUGAUUUGUGGUUUAAAAGGAGUGGUUAAUCAUUUGGUAAUUUGUACAUAUCUUUUUGCAUAUGAAGCAUUUUUUUCCCAUGACUUGCUUAAAUGAAAAUCGCAGAAUAAGCUAAAAGCUGAUGCCAAAUAAAUCACAACAUUUACAUGUGAA